UCUCCCGUGCGCAUGCGUGCGGCGGCGGCGGCAGAGCUAACUGCAGUCCCGCAGAGUCAACCCAGCCGGUGUCAGGCAGCUCGGCAUGGCGAUCCCCGCGGCGUCCAUGGGGCCCUCGGCGCUGGGCCAGAGCGGUCCUGGCUCGAUGGCUCCCUGGUGCUCAGUGAACAGCGGCCCGACGCGCUACGUGCUCGGGAUGCAAGAGCUGUUCCGCGGCCACAGCAAGACGCGCGAGUUCCCGGCCCAUAGCGCCAAGGUGCACUCGGUGGCCUGGAGCUGCGACGGGCGUCGCCUGGCCUCGGGGUCCUUCGACAAGACGGCCAGCGUCUUCCUGCUGGAGAAGGACCGGUUGGUCAAAGAAAACAAUUAUCGGGGACAUGGGGAUAGUGUGGACCAGCUCUGUUGGCAUCCAAGUAAUCCUGAUCUCUUUGUCACUGCAUCUGGAGACAAAACCAUUCGCAUCUGGGAUGUGAGGACUACAAAAUGCAUCGCCACUGUGAACACUAAAGGGGAAAACAUCAAUAUCUGCUGGAGUCCCGAUGGACAGACCAUUGCUGUAGGCAACAAGGAUGAUGUGGUGACAUUCAUUGAUGCCAAGACACACCGUUCCAAAGCGGAGGAGCAGUUCAAGUUUGAGGUCAAUGAAAUCUCCUGGAACAAUGACAAUAACAUGUUCUUCCUGACAAAUGGCAAUGGUUGUAUCAACAUACUCAGCUACCCAGAGCUGAAGCCUGUGCAGUCUAUCAACGCCCAUCCAUCCAACUGCAUCUGUAUCAAGUUUGACCCCAUGGGGAAGUAUUUUGCCACAGGAAGCGCAGAUGCUUUGGUCAGCCUCUGGGAUGUAGACGAGUUAGUGUGUGUUCGGUGCUUUUCCAGGCUGGAUUGGCCUGUGAGGACCCUCAGUUUUAGCCAUGAUGGGAAAAUGCUGGCAUCGGCAUCGGAAGAUCAUUUCAUCGACAUUGCUGAAGUAGAGACAGGAGACAAGCUGUGGGAGGUACAGUGUGAGUCCCCCACCUUCACCGUGGCUUGGCACCCCAAAAGGCCUCUACUGGCAUUUGCCUGUGAUGACAAAGAUGGCAAAUAUGACAGCAGUCGGGAAGCUGGAACUGUGAAACUUUUUGGGCUUCCUAAUGAUUCCUGAUAGGGGGACCUGAUGUAUGGAGAAGGCCCAGGCAGAGGCAGGCUUCCAUUGUAUAGUUAGUUUGGUCUGUUCUCUUGGAGUUGGUGGGCACCUAAAGUAUUUAUAAAUUGGUAUAAAUUAUACAAGUCUUUUAUCAGGCUGCCCAUUCCAGUCUCCUUCGUAUUUGUUAUGGUAGCUGUUCCCAUUCCUUGCCCCCUGCAGGAGGGCUCUGCAGUGAUGACACCAGCAUACCUUGUCCUGUCUUUCUGCUUUUGGGGAUAUGGUGGACUUUGUUGGGCUUGCUUCUGCUUGCCACCUAGUUUGAAGGGGUGGGUGAGGAAGGGUGAGACGGGGAUGGAGAUUUUUUAUAAUAAAAAAUACAUUUACUGUUGAGAAUUGAGCAUUUAAUAAAACUGACUUUUUAAUUAUGGGACUUCUAGGACUUUAAAAAUUAUGGUAACAUUAUCAUUAUUAUUUUCUUAUUUUUUUAAAUUUUAUUUUAUUUAUUUAUUUUUUUAUUUAUUUUUUUGUUAUCCAUAUUAUACAUAUUAGUGUAUACAUGUCAAUCCCAAUCUCCCAAUUCAUCACAAGACGACCACCCCCCGCCACUUUCCCCCCUUGGUGUCCAUACGUUUGUUCUCUACAUCUUUGUCUCAAUUUCUGCCCUGCAAACCAGUUCAUCUGUACCAUUUUUCUAGGUUCCACAUAUAUGUGUUAAUAUACAAUAUUUGUUUUUCUCUUUCUGACUUACUUCACUCUGUAUGACAGUCUCUAGAUCCAUCCACAUCUCUACAAAUAACCCAAUUUCAUUCCUUUUUAUGGCUGAGUAAUAUUCCAUUGUAUAUAUGUACCACAUCAUCUUUAUCCAUUCGUCUUGUCGAUGGGCAUUUAGGUUGCUUCCAUGUCCUGGCUAUUGUAAAUAGUGCUGCAAUGAACAUUGGGGUGCAUGUGUCUUUUUGAAUUAUGGUUUUCUCUGGGUAUAUGCCCAGGAGUGGGAUUACUGGGUUGUAUGGUAGUUCUAUUUUUAGUUUUUUAAGGAACCUCCAUAUUGUUCUCCAUAGUGGCUGUAUCAAUUUACAUUCCCACCAACAGUUCAAGAUGCUUCCCUUUUCUCCACACCCUCUCCAGCAUUUGUUGUUUGUAGAUUUUCAGAUGAUGCCCAUUCUAACUGGUGUGAGGUGAUACCUCAUUGUAGUUUUGAUUUGCAUUUCUCCAGUAAUUAGUGAUGUUGAGCAGCUUUUCAUGUGCCUCUUGGCCAUCUGUAUGUCUUCUUUGGAGAAGUGUCUAUUUAGGUCUUCUGCCCAUUUUUGGAUAGGGUUGUUUUUUUUUUUAAUAUUGAGCUGCAUGGGCUGUUUAUAUAUUUUGGAGAUUAAUCCUUUGUCCGUUGAUUCGUUUGCAAAUAUUUUCUCCCAUUCUGAGGGUUGUCUUUUCAUCUUGUUUAUGGUUUCCUUUGCUGUGCAAAAGCUUUUAAGUUUCAUUAGGUCCCAUUUGUUUAUUUUUGUUUUUAUUUCCAUUACUCUAGGAGGUGGGUCAAAAAGGAUCUUGCUUCAUAUUAUGUCAGAGUGUUCUGCCUGUGUUUUCCUCUAAGAGUUUUAUAAUGUCCGGCCUUACAUUUAGGUUUUUAAUCUAUUUUGAGUUUAUUUUUGUGUAUGGUGUAGGGAGUGUUCUAAUUUCACUCUUUUACAUGUAGCUGUCCAGUUUUCCCAGCACCACUUAUUGAAGAGACUGUCUCUUCUCCAUGUUUAUUCUUGCCUCCUUUGUCAUAGAUUAGGUGACCAUAGGUGUGUGGGUUUAUCUCUGGGCUUUCUGUCCUGUACCAUUGAUCUAUAUUUCUGUUUUUGUGCCACUACCAUAUUGUCUUGAUUACUGUAGCUUUGUAGUAUAGUCUGAAGUCUAUAGUCUAGAGUGAGAGGCUUCUAUUGAUUGUGUGAUUGAGAGCUUAGAAACACCUUGAGGCAUAUUGUACUUACUAGGUAUUAGGCACUGUUGGAAGGGAGGAGGGAGAGGAAGAGAAGGAACUUGAACUCCAGAGGAGAAAAGGCUAUAGGGACAUAAACCUGAAGCAAACUAAGCUAUGGUUGAUUUUUAAUCACUUAAACUUGACACUAUAGAUGUCCCCCUUUUCAGUGACACACAGGGGUAAUGACCACCUAUCUAAUUUGUUGUCCACACCAGAACACUUCAAUAAUGUAAGGAGGUGCUCUAAUGCUGUAACAUCAGGACAACAGGUAUAAACUGGAACAGCCCAAGGCGGCUUGGGGUAUGUGGUCACCCUGCACAAGGGCAGUGACACUGACACAGUAUGGAACGAGGUGUAGUCUAUACACAGAGACACAGUACAUCUGCAGUGGGCAAUAUUAAUUUCAUUGUAACAAUGGCAAUACUGUCUUGGUUUGCAGCUUUUAUUGUCAACUUGCAUGUAAUAACAAAUAACUAACCUAAACUAUACUUAGUAUGUAUUUGCAUUAACUUGGUAUGUACUGAAAUGUACUAGUAUGUACUUAGUAUAUAUUAGGCUCUAAGUGCUUUUGCAUAUAUUAACUCAUUUAAUCCUCUGAAUAGCCUUAUGAGGUUGGUGUUAAUAUCAUUCCCACUUUUGUGAAAAGGAAGCUAAGACAGGGUAGGAACUUGCCCAGGCUGUACCUAAUUUAGGGUUGGAUCGAGGCUUUGAGUUUAGGCUCUCUGCCUAUUGUCUUAAACCUUACUGCCUACUGACUCUCAAAUAACAGAAGACUUAACUGCACAUAGAACAGAAUAUAAAUUUCAACUUUGACAAUGUAAAAGCUAGGUUUGGAAGGUAGACAGGAGGUAGAAAAAAGGAAAGAUGGUAUGAAUGUCCUCACUUUACAGUGUGAUGUUGAGAGAGUUUAUAGUUGAUCAACAGUGUAGAUUUUUAAGUAUAUCACUACAAGUCAAAGAGAUCAUGAGCAGUGGAAUAACUAAUGAUGACAAAACUUUACUGAGCAGUGUAGACAUAGGAAGAGUGUAAAGGAACUAAACCCUUAGUAAAAUAGAAAGUGAACAGAUAAUGCCUCCAAUUUAGUCAGAAAAUGGUCAUGUAAGAGUGUUACUUGGAAAUGGGGAAGAAUUCAAAAUAACAAAUAGUUGGACCUCCCUGGUGUCGCAGUGGUUAAUAAUCUUCCUGCCAAGGCAGGGGACACGGGUUCGAGCCCUGGUCCGGGAAGAUCCCACAUGCCGCGGAGCAAUGAAGCCUGUGCGCCACAACUACGGAGCCUGCGCUCUAGAGCCUGCGAGCCACAACUAGUGAGCCCACGUGCCACAACUACUGAAGCCCGCCCGCCUAGAUCCUGUGCUCCACGACAAGAGAAGCCACUGCAAUGAAGAGUAGCCCCCGCUCACCGCAACUAGAGAAAGCCAGCACGCAGCAACGAAGACCCAACUCAGCCAAAAAUAAAUAAAUAAUAAUAAUAAAAAAAUAACAAUAGUUGACGUAAACCUCAUAAAAAAGGAAAUCCAAACAGCCAGUAAACAGAGAAAAGUGUACGACUUCAUUAAGUAAUAAGAGAAAAGUGAGUCAAAACCAAUGAAACUACAUGCCAAUCAGUUUGACAAAUACAUAAAUGAGUGUGGUAGUAUCAGGUAUUGUAGACCUGGAGUACUAUGGGAAUCUUCUACCCUGCUUAUACUGGAGUACAAAUCGACACAACUACUUUGGAAAGCAUUUAGCACUCUCCAUCAACUGAAGGUAUAUAAAUAGCCUGUGAGCCAGCAGCCCUCACCCCCGCCCUGUGUAAAUGCACCGGAAUAACCGGUACAGCAGGAUUCCUGUCCAUGAUUUGCAUUAGCACAAACUGAAAACAAACUAAAUGUUCAUUAAGAGUCAAAAAUUAAAUAAAUUAUGUGUAUUCGUACAGUGGGAAAACUAUCCAGCAAUAAAAUUGAAUGAACUAGAGCUACAGGCUGCAAUGUGGGUGAAUUUUUUAAACCAAUGUUGAGUGAAAGAAAUAAGAUAGAAAAGACUUCAUAUACUAUGAUCCUCUACAUAAAGUUAGAUGUUGACAAAACUAAACUCUUUUGUUAGGGAUGCAUGCAGGUUAAAGGAAAGGAUUGUCAAGAAAUGAGGAUGGUGUUUAACCUGGAAGAGGAAAGGAGAUUGUGAUGGGAAAAGGAUAUGGGGGGGUUUUUGAAAUGCUGACAAGUAUCAAUACUUUCAGAUUCGAGUACUGGUUAUGUAAGUAUUCUCUUUUUAAUUGUCACAUUGACAGUUUUGUUCUCUGCACUUCUCA